UACCUUUUGGGUAUCUAGUUGGCAGAAUGCUUUUUGAAACACCAUACAUCUUAAUAAUCACCAUAUUUUCUGGAGUUACGGGAGCCCGGUGGUGUGCAUAUUCGAUAUUCGAAAAAGAAGCCCGCAAGCAACACCAUGCGAGUCAUGGGAUGGAGCAUAUUUUGUUUUCUGCGUUGCAUGUGUCGAAUACUCGCACGGAGAAUAUUCGUCUUUUCUUCUCUUAUUCCCAGUUUCCUUUGUGUUGUCACGCCCGAGAUGUCUACCUGCCCCUUUCCCCCAUCUUCACACUCUUCCAACCCUAGUCACUCGUUGCCUUCCAUUUCCUUUCUAACCCCUCUCCUAAAUUUUUCACCUCUUUGCUUUCUCUUCUUCGUUCCUCCUCUAUGUGAGAUGGCGUCGGCUGGAUCUUAUCUUCUGGUGUUUGGAGUAUGAGGGAUUCUCAAGUACUAUAUGUACAUACAGGUUUUGGAGUUCCCCUUUCUUUUCUUUUUCUUUUUUUUUUUGUCUCCCUGGUGAGAUUUAGGGAUCACAGAAUACUAUUUCACCC